AUUGUGUAUUUAUAUAUAUAUACGUACAUAUAUAUAAAUACACACACACGCACACACACAUAUAUAUAAACAUAUAAUUUUUAUUUAUUUUUUAUUUCCUUUAUUUUUUAUAAAGGAUAGUAUUUUAGGGGUUCUUAUCGAUAUACAUAAACAGAUAUAUACCCGAUAUCUAUUUUUAUUUAUAUGUAUAUAUAUUGCCUGUCCCCCACCCUCCGUCUUUGAGUCUUUGUCCUUCUCCCCUCCUCCUUUUAUCUCAUCUUCUCCCCUCCAGUUCCAGCAUGGCUGAUAUACAACACACAUAUUAUUACUAUAUACACUCUCUCGCUGGCUUCAUGGAUUAAGGACGGCGAUAUUCUUGUGGUCGUUUCUUUACCUUGCAUACAGUGGGUCCCGAUUGCCAGAUGCAGUAAUGUCCGAACUCUGUCAACAAAGGGACGACCUGACCAUCGACACAGAAGUCCACCUGGCCAAAACCGACCUCUUCUCGGCUGAUGGCGUUGAUGACCACUCUGUUAUCGCGCAGGCACUGACUGUGUUUGAGGUGGAGAGCAAGAAAGAUGCUGAGGAAGAGGAGAGCGUGAAGGAAGAGGAGGAGAGGAAGGGGGCUAAGGUGCAGCGACCGCAACGCAAGCGGAGAACAAGCGCGAGGAAUGCUGCCAACCACACCGUUACCACCACCACCACCACCACUACCACCAAUACCACCAACACCACCAUCAGCAACCUCUGUCCUCCUCUCACUGGGUCGAAGACAGUGACGACGGUGUCGUCAUCGUUACAAUCAUCAUUAACGUCGUCUUCAUCAUCACCACCACCACCAUCAUCAUCAUCACUGACGUCAGCAGUAGUGACAAAGUCAUCCAAAUCAUCAAAGCCAUCCCUCACCAUCACCAUCUCCACCACCAACAACACCGCCACUAUCAUCGCCAACAAUGCUGCUGCAGCCGCUGCCGCUUCCUCCUCCUCCCUUGAUUCCACAGCCCCAGCCAGCACCGCUGUUGACGCCACCACCACCACCACCACCUUUACCACUGUCACCACCACCACUAACUCAAGUAGUAGUAGUAGUAGUAGUCCUACUGUUGCUACUAACACUACCAUGUCAACAACGGAGACUCACUGCGCAAACACUGCAAACCCCAUCUCUUCCAGCAUGGAAGCUGACUCUACCAACAACAACAACAACAUCACGCACACCCCUCCCACCACCACAAUCAACCCCUCCACCAUCUUCACCACCUCCACUGUCUCUACGUCCACUUCCACCACCGCCGCCGCCACGGGCAUCACCUCUGUCACCAGCACAUCACCGAUUGCUGUGGUGACCAGCCAACUGUCGCUGUCGUCACCAACGGCGACGGCAGCAAACAGCCAAGAUUCCUUCACGCCACCUGCCCUGCAAUCACCACAGAACAGCACCUUCCCCAUGUCGCCGCAGGCCCAGUUUCCCGACCCGGUGCAUGAUCUGCCCCCUGAGUUACUCCAAGCUGGUUGGCGAAAGUUUUGGAGCAAGCGUGAGAACAGGCCUUACUUCUUUAACAAAAUCACAAAUGAGUCCUUAUGGGAGAUGCCAGUUUUUGGACAGCUGGAUCCUUUGACUGACCCUUUAGGAAUCAGCAGUCCUUCUUCCAGUGGGAUGGUGUCCCCAGUUGGCCAGGCCCCUUUCAGCAGGUCAAGCAGCAUGGAAGGGCCACUGCCUUCGUUGCCAGUCUCUGGUGAAAAACGACGAGCGAGUUCAGAGUUAUUUGCAAGUCCAACAAAACGCAUGACUUUCACUUACAGCCCCUACUGGAAUUUCGACAUUGCCUCGAAUGCAGUGAUAUACGAGAGGGCCCCGUGUAUGCUGCCCCCAGUGCUGCCUGAGAUUGAACUCCUGCGUGCCCAGUUGGUGGCCAAACUGAGGAUGAACUACAAAUACCUGUGUAAGACAAGAGAAGAUAUCGACGCCCCCAGUGAGUCGUUCAAUCGCUGGCUGAUGGAGCGGAAAGUGUGUGACCGCGGAACUGACGCCAUGUUGCCGUCCGACUGUAACAGCGAAGUGUCACAGUCAAUGUACCGUGAAAUCAUGAACGACAUCCCGGUCAAGCUGAGCAACCCCAAAUACUCGGGUGAUGUCAAACGGCAGUUGGUUAACUACGCAGAGGCAGCAAAGAAGAUGAUUGAAUCGAGGGGUACCAGUUCAGAAAGCAGGAAAGUGGUGAAAUGGAAUGUCGAAGACAUGAUAGCUUGGCUGCGCAAACCCCACUCCAGUACAUUUGAAGAUUACUUGGAGCGCCUGGCCCACCUGAAGCGCCAAUGCCAGCCCCACCUGACGGAGGCAGCCAAGAUGUCUGUGGAAGGUAUUUGUGCCAAGAUGUACCACAUGUCUUGUGAGACUGUCAAGAAACUCCAUGACAAACACUGGGAAAUCCUCAAGGAGCACGGAAUAACUGAGGUUGCCUCUGUGCCGUACCCCACCACCAAACACAAGGUCAUCUGCUACCCCGUACAGAUGUAUUACCCGACCCCGAGAUUGAGCCAGGUGGAGGUACAGACGGAGAAUGAUGUCACAAUACUCCGCUACAACAGUGAGAAACAGAAGAUAAACACGUCUCACUUUCACAAAUUGGAGCAAUUGUACCGAUUAAACUGUCGCGAUGACCCCAAAUUCGACUAUUUCUUGGCACGAUGUUGGUGUCUUCUACGCCGAUACGAGACAUAUUUUGGAAUCCAGCCAAGGGAAGGGUUCGAGACCCAGGCAGCAUUACCAAUCAGUGUUUUUCAGUGCUUGAACCAGAGUUUCGGCGUUACCUGCGAGUGUUUUGCCUCACCACUCAACUGCUACUUCCGUCAGUAUUGUUCGGCUUUCUCUGACACAGACUGUCACUUUGGCUCUCGAGGCUCAAUCCUUCAGUUCCAUCCAUUAAGUGGCUCAUUCGAAGCCAACCCCCCCUUCUGUGAUGAAUUGAUGGAGGCUAUGAUUGAUCAUUUUGAGCAUUUACUGUCGGAAUCAAGUGAACCUUUGUCUUUCAUUGUUUUUGUCCCUGAAUGUAAAGAUUCCCCAAUUCAGUCAUUGAUCCGACUGGAAAACAGCAAGUUCAAGCAGAAGUCAGUAGUGUUAGUUGCCAAGCAACAUGAGUACAGACAUGGCUUCCAACACAAGUGUUCUAAAGAAGACCUCAACGUGAAGGCAGCCCAUGGAACGAUGGUAGUUUUUCUGCAGAACGAGGCGGGAGCCAGCCAGUGGGGGCCGACCCCUGACAGAGUCAAGGAGCUAAUUCAGGCAGCCAGCUUGGCGGCCACCACCUAAGAAAAGACUUUUAUUUUAGUGGUGAUGGUCAUAUUUUGGUAUGACGUGGUUUGGUGGUCAUGUGGUUUUAUUAUAUAUACACACACAUGUGUAUAAAUGUAUGUGUGUGUUUGUGUAUAUAGGUAUAUAUAUGUAUUAGUAUGUA